AUGUCGUUCUUCACGAUCGACACGUUCCAGCAGUACCACCAGGAACUCGGUGCUGCGAUGGCGUCCAAGCUCGAGUCGAAUCCAGAUCGAUCUGCGAAUACGAGAUCCUUAUCUGCAGAAGCCGCAAGUGAGCUCGACCCUCUGUCAGCGUUAAACCUCGCGCGAGCUGCGGAUCCGUGGCUUGGGAACUCGCUGUUGACUCCGACGGCCUGCAGCUACCUCGACAGUACGGAAGGAGCGUCGGCAUCGGCUGUCGCAGCAACGUCGCUCAAAGUUGUGGCCGUGGAUCAUCCGAGUGACGACUGGGGUGACUUC